AUGACGCAAGUCACCGCCACGGCCGUUCCUAGACUCCCACGUGACUGCGCUGAGAUUCAGACUGGUGGACUAUCCCAUCUCAGUGGGGUGUAUCCCAUCUAUCCCGAUGGAGUUGGGGAUGAUCCUCUCUUCGUUUACUGUGAUAUGGAAACGGACGGAGGUCGCUGGACGGUCUUCCAGCGUAGACAAGAUGGAUCUGUUGACUUCUUUCUUAACUGGUCCGAGUACAAACACGGUUUUGGAAACGUUUCCUCCGAGCACUGGCUCGGUAACGACAACAUCCACCGUCUUUCCCGUAAUAAGACCUACGAGCUACGGAUCGACCUAGAAGACUUCGAGGGACAAACGCGCUAUGCCGCCUACAGCAAUUUCAGUAUUACGGACGAGGUCGCAAAGUACACGCUGGCCCUUGGCAGCUAUUCCGGAGACGCAGGUGACAGUAUGUCGUAUCAUGAAGGUUAUCCGUUCAGUACACUGGACCGUGAUCAUGAUGGUUUAGGGGGAAACUGCGCCGACCUGUGCAAAGGAGGCUGGUGGUACAAUGAUUGCCAUCAUGCCAACCUAAACGGCCUAUACCUGAACGGUCCAACCACACAAGUGGCCAAGGGUGUGGUAUGGUAUCACUGGCUCGGUUAUACAUACUCCCUCAAGAAGACGGAGAUGAAGCUUCGUCCGACGUAAUUAACGAACGCCUGUCAUAAGAACGUGCCGGUUUACCGUGGGGUUUCGUAAGCACAUUUAAAAACACCGGAAUUUACAUUUUGUAUUUUAUCACACACAGCUUCUCAGCUUUUUCACUUUGAUAACGAAACAUAUAACAACUUCCUCAAAACAGUGUUACUCAUUUUAGUAUCGGCUGAACAUGAAGGAAGUUAUGCCGUGUUGCUGUAAUAAGUAUUCACAAAUAUUCACUUAAAUAGAUAAUAAUCCUAAAUUUUCGAGGGUUAUUUGGAAAAUAAGUACUGUAAUAUUUUUUACGUAUGUUUGAACAUAAGGAAACUUCAAUUAGAUUAUUUGCUAAAUGUUGUCUGGCAUUAUUUAAUUAUUUCCCACAAGAAUGUCAGCAACAAAAAAGAUGCGGUGAAUCAAGGGCGGA